CAGGCGCCGGACCCCCAGGUGGAGCGGCGGGCGCCGGACCCCCAGGCGGAGCGACAGGUCUCGGGCCCCCAGGCGGAGCGGCGGGCACCGAGUCACCAGGCACGACAGUGGGCUCCGAGUCAACUGGCAAGACUGCGGGCACCGAGUCAACUGGCGGAACAGCGGGCUUCGAGUCGUCUGGCAAGACUGCGGGCACCGAGUCGUCUGGCAAGACUGCGGGCACCGAGUCGUCUGGCAAGACUGCGGGCACCGAGUCAACUGGCGGAACAGCGGGCUUCGAGUCGUCUGGCAAGACUGCGGGCACCGAGUCAUCUGGCAAGACUGCGGGCACCGAGUCAUCUGGCAAGACUGCGGGCACCGAGUCGUCUGGCAAGACUGCGGGCACCGAGUCGUCUGGCAAGACUGCGGGCACCGAGUCAUCUGGCAAGACUGCGGGCACCGAAUCACCAGGCACGACAGUGGGCUCUGACUCAAUUGGCACGACAGCGGGCACCGGGUCAUCAGGUACCGGAUUGUCUGGCUCGACAGCGGGCAUUGGGUCACCAGGCAUCAGGUCAUUUGGCUCGCCAGCGGGCACCGCGUCAUCUGGCAAGGCAGUGGGCACCGAGUCACCAGGUACGACAGCGGGCUCUGAGUCAAUUGGCACGACAGCGGGCACCGGAUCAGGUACCGGAUCAUCUUGAUCAACAGCGGGCUUCGAGUCAACUG